AGUAAACUAACUGUUUAAAACUGCUGUGUAAGUGACUUCUCGUUCUGUUAACUCGCUAGCAAACCAAACCAGCAGGAAACAAAACAUUGCGUGAGGAAAUUAAAAAAAAAAAAAUGAACCUACAGUGUUUGCGUAUUGCUAAAGUGAGACGGUGAAGCAAAAAAAAAAAAAAGUUCCCCGGCUUUGACAAAUGGAUUCAGGCAAAGUUGUGCACAGAAGAAAACCGGAGAUUCCCUUAAUAAGACCGAGAGCAGCAGACAGGAGCCAACAUAUUCAGGAGGUCAGUGCCAAAAGUAUUGAACUCAGUAAGGUGAUUCGUCUUCUUGAAGAUCCUUUGACAGCAAACUUGAAGGAGAGGCACCUUUUUGUCCUGAAGAAACUACUGAAGAGAAGCCAAAUUGGCUUUCUGUUGAAGGAACUGACCGGCAUAGCCAAAAUACUCAACAUCUGUGCUGAGAAAGUGAAGGAUCACCCUGAGUAUGUGCCCAUUUUGUGUGAGGCACUUAAAAUUUGUGGGCUUCCCUUCCUGAAGGAGAAAGCAUCUGAUGAGCUGAACUACGCUCAGGACGUCAUACAGUUCCUCUCCCACAUGGGGUGUCUGAUGAGGGUGUCAGAUGCUGAAGUGAGACAGCAGAUAGUUGAAUCUGUGAAAUCAUUCUACAGCCAUGUGGCUCCUAAGCAGCUGCUCGACGGGCUCCAGCCGACCUCUCCAGGCUACAGGCUGCAGUUGCUGGAGCUCAGUGACCUGGCUCAGACGCUGCUCCUCUCCAUGGCCACUCUGGAGAACCAGCCAGAAAUCAAGCUGCAGCUCCUACAGACCCUUCAGAUCCUUUCCGGCUCCUCUGAUAUGAACUGUGCUUUAAUGCUGACCGCACGGGGAGCAGAGACGAUCUGUCUUCACAUGAAUGAACCAGACCCGUCCGGUCAGGUCCUGUUCCUCUCCUCUGAAAUCCUCUGGAACCUGCUGGAGAGAGGCAGCAAGGACGAGGUCACUGCUCAGCUCAGCAGCAUGGAGUGUGUUGUAUCUCUGAAAGAAGCAUUUUUUCACCAGCUGACGAACGGCUUCCGAUACGAAGACCUGCAACUCAGAAAUGAUCUGCUUGUGAUCACAACUCUAAUUGCUGAAAAUCCCAACUCUCUGCUCAUUGAGAGUUUAUUUGCCAAACAGCUGAUGGUUUUCGUCACAUUUCCAGAGCUGAAAUCUCACAACCCUCUGGUCCGAAACUUCAAGCUAAGCUACAACAAUGAAGAUCUGAAAAUGAAGAAGUUAUUGCUGAAUCUGCUGGUUUUAAUGUCAAAGGAUUUUGCUGCCCUGCAGCUUUACAAAGAAGAACAAGUUAUGUUGGCUCUGCUGACUCUCAUGAAGCCGCCUGCUGCCUUGUCUGAGCGUCGGUCAGGUGUGCGUCACUGGUCCUCCGUCCAGCAGGAGGAGCUCCAGCUGCAGGCACUGGCCACCCUCGCUGCCAUUGCUCCGCUUAUGUUGGACGAAUACAUGUCAUGUCAGGGAAACGCGUGCCUGCUGCUCCUGCUGGACUGGUGCAUCGGGAAAGAUGCUUACUUUGGUCAGGGUCACAGUUUCCACGGCACUGGAGGCAGAGGCAGUAAGAAGGCUCAAAUGCGGCACUGCAUCAGAGUACUCAGAUCUGUGACAUCUUCGGGUGAAGAGUCCGUCAACCAGGACCUUUGUGACCAAGGAACCAUCAACCAGCUUCUGGGGAUUUUGAUGCAGAUGGAAGUGAGUCCUGAUGAGGAGGAUGUAGUCACACUGGAGAUAAAGUCAGACAUUCAGCUCAUACUGUCAGCGCUGUGUGAGACCGACAUGCACAGAAAGGAACUGUUUGGGUCGGAGGGAGUUGAGAUGGUAGUUCAUUUCUUGAAGAAAGGCUCUGACAAGUUCUACAGUGGUCUGGGACACAACAAGCUCGUCCUCUCCACAGUCGACUGUGUCUGGUCCUGUGUUGUUGGCUGCUACACUACAGAAGAUUACUUUUUGGCUAAAGAAGGGGUGUUUCUUCUGCUCAGCUUGCUCAUUUCGAGCCCCAGAUGUGUGCACGGCACUGUUCUCGCCACACUGGUGGAAUUAUGUGACAACCCCAAUACUUUGUCUCACAUCCUGAGCUGGAGGGAUGAUGUUGGUCAGACAGCUCCCAGACUCCUGCUGCAGCUGUGGAGGCAGGAGGAGGAGGACCUGGGCGUGGGCCGAAACCCACACGGAGGGAUUACAGAUCCCCGGAGGCCCAUCCUCAGCCAUGACCAUCAGGAGGAAACCCAGCUGUCAUUUCCUGCUAACAUGCCGAGUGCAGCAGUGAUGGAGAUAUCAGAGAACCUGCGGUCAAAGAUUUACUCCAUCUUCUGCAAACUUGGUUUUCAGGACCUUCCUGGACUGGCAGCAAAAGAUUAUGUGACUUUGAGCAUCGUCAGGAGAUAUCUGGACUUUAAGGUCAGCGAGGUGUGGAACGAGAUCAGCAGGGAACUGAGUUUGGAAGGUGUGAGGCCGAUCAGCCCUGACGAGGAGACUCUGAGCACCAUCUGUAAGAUUUCAGAGGACACUGCGAGGAAGGUCACAGCAGAACAAAACAACAUCCUGGAGCAGGAGGAGAAAGAGAACAUCAGCGAAGAGGAGCUCAUGUACACAGAGAUAAAGUCUCACUGGAAGCAACAGGAGCUCACAGCAAAGUCAUGGGACAGUUAUGUUUCCAAAACUUCAAACUAUGAAAUCCUGAAGGAAGUAAAAGCACAGAGGAAUAAAUGUGUGGAAUCAUCCAGACCCAAACCAAAGCAUGAGGAUGCCGCAGUUCAUCCUCCAGAGCAUUUCAUCGGGCAGGUCAUAGCAGUAGAGAGCACAGACACUCAGGGUCCUGCAGGAGUGAAGCUGACUCUGGCCAGAGCUCCAAUCAAGGCUGCAGGUCAGGACAAAGAGGAACCAACAACACAAGACCCGGAGUACUUCAGCACCGCUGUGUCUGUCAAAGACUGAUGCUGGUUUAAUACAGGCCCCUUUAUGUUAUCAUUACACUUUUAUUUCAUAGUGUGUUUGUUUUUUAUUUAAAAUUAAAAGUU